CUGCAGUAAGAGCUGUACAUUGCGGCAGAGGGAGGUUGCUGUCUGACUGCUGCUGCAGGGAUCCGGUGAACACACUCAGGGAAGAAGGUGCCAAUAAAGAAGAACAAUGAAUUACAUACUGCCAUUGGGGAUAUUUUUUACUGUUUUGCAGGGAUCCUGUGGUCAGAAAAUCACACAGCUCACAGCCUGUAUAAGUGGCCGCGGCCCGACGCUGCGCCUGGACUGCCGAUAUCUAAACAGUACUAACAACAAGCUACGCUAUGAAUUCAAGGUGAAGCGUAAUGUACAGCCCGAGACCAUCCUCAGUACCAUAAACCUGAACUUCUUCAACGACAAAUACCACAAUCGAGCCAGCGUUUACACCGAGCGUGGCCUGGUCCAACUGCACAUUCAGCGAUUCAAUGUCUCAGAUGUAGGCCAAUACACUUGUUCUUUAGACAUUCCAAAUGACUUCAGUAUCAACCAAACAUCCACCAUCACUGUCCACAAAGACAAGCUGGAGAGGUGUGGAGGAGUCAGCACCCUCAUGCUAAAUACACCGUGGCCGCUUAUCCUCUUCCUCUUGCUGCCAUUACUCCAAGCCGGUGGCUUCUUAUGUUUGUAAAGAUCACACAUUUUGAGAGAGAAGCUUUUCCAGUGUGGCUCAGACCGAUGAGGGCUGCUUCCAUGUAACUUCAUGACCAAUCCUUGUGUAUUUGUCACUGUUGUCCCUGCCCCUAUUUACAAAUGUACCUGUAAUAGGUUGUAUAAAUGUUGGCUGUUCUAUAAGGAACAUCACAAACCCAUCAAACAUCCAAGUACAGAUGUGUUCUUUUUACUGUGGCCGCAAUACGCCUCUCAGUGCGCUAGAUCCCGUGUGCCUCACUACAUCUUCUUCACUCAAUGCAUGCAUCUUAUUCCCAUCAAUACAUCACUGUGAGCAUUGUUAGCUUACACUGACCACUGGGGUUUUGACAUUUGUACAUCUGUGUCCGACUGGGUCUGUGGAGGAGAUGUACUAUGCCUUGGAGAGAGAUAAAGUGAAGAGCGAUAAGUUACCAGCCAAUCAGCUCCUAACUGUCAUGUCACAAGCUGUGUUUGAAAAAUGACAGGAGCUGAUUAGUUGGUAGUUUGUCUCUCUCCACUUUACCACUCUCCAUGGCUUAGUACAUAUUCCUCUUAAAAAGGGUUCCGAUACAAGCAACUGCGGCUUUUCCUCACGCCAAGUUCCGUUGUGCUGCAUCUGCAACUUACGUGUGUAAAACCAAUGCCUGGGCUAUUAGGGGUCUAUUCAUGAAGCAGUGAAAAGGGUUGAAAAAAGGUCCAGGAGAGAAGUUGCCCAUGGAAACCAAUCAGCUUUAAAGUUGCCCAUGGCAACCAAUCAGCUUUGAAGGAAGCCUUUAUGAAGUACAUGCUAUAAAAUGUAAGGAAGAUGCUGAUUGGUUGCCAUGGGCAACAUCUCCACUGGUCUGUUUCUCCAGUGUUUUCACUGCUUCAUGAAUAAACCUAUUAGUGUCACAGCCUAGUGUCUUUGGUAAACAGUGAGCAGCGUUUUGCUGCAUCUGUGAUGCAACUAAGAUGCAAAAUGGGUGGGAUGUGUAAGUACAGUACGCUACACCUCUCAAAGCAUCUCAGGCGCACCGCUAGUGUCUCUCGCCGAAUGGCGUAAAGGCGAACAGUCUAUGAAGGCACAUCUGUACGGAUAAUUUUAAAAGCAACUGCCAUGGAAGAUUUGGUUAUAAUUAAUAACAAAAUUCCAUGUUAUCAAUGUAUUAAUAAAGCUUAUGUUAGCCAUACAAAA